AACUUCAGAUUUAAAAAAUUCCUUGUCAUUUUCAAUUUUUGACAUUUAUAAUACAAAAUCGUUAACAUCAUUGUAAAUCUUAAAAAGAUGUCAUCAAUAACUAAAAUUGAAUUCGCCGUAAAAAUGACUUGUGAAAAAUGCGUUGAAGCCGUACAAAAUUCUUUUAGAAACGAAUCAAGAGUACAACUAGUAGAUAUUAACCUAAAAGCAAACAGGGUUGUUGUUGCCACUGAUUUACCAACGGAACAGGUUCAACAAAUUUUGGAAAAAUCAGGUCGAAAAGUGGUUGUUAAAGGGCACGCUGGGCAACAAUCGGCCGUUGCAAUUUUACAUGUUGGUCUUCAAAACAUUAAAGGUGUUGUCAGAUUCAUACAAUUAUCUAACUCUUGUAUUAUCGAUGGUACUAUUGACGGCCUCUCUCCUGGAAUUUAUAAUUUAGCAAUACAUGAAUGUGGUGAUAUAUCAAAAGAUUGUGAAAGUGUUGGUGAUUGUUUUGAAAUGGCUAAUUCUAUAGAUCCAAACAGAAAAUAUGGGGAUUUAGGUAUUAUAACAGCGGAUAAAAAUGGUAGAGCUUCAUUUAGAAUAGAAGAUCAUGUUAUAGAAGUGCCAAAUUUAAUCGGAAGGUCAUUAGUUCUGUUAGAGUCUAACUCAAAGAAUCGAUUAGUGUGUGGGAUUAUUGCUCGAUCUUCUGGGUUAUUUGAAAAUCCUAAAACAAUAUGUGCUUGCGAUGGAAUUUCUAUAUGGGAUGAACGUAUUCUCACAAAAUCUGGGUUGUAGACAAUUUUUGUUGUUAUGACCUGUAUAUAUUUUAUUGUAUAAAGUUUAAAACUGUAGGAAUAAAGUUGUUUUUAUAC